CUUCCGUUCGAUGGCAGCAUUAUGGCGUUCGCCGUUCGCUCGACAUUCUAACUGUGGUAAACGGCUUUCCGAUGUUGCGUGUCGUGCGCGGUUAUUUGUUAUAAAUUCUGCUUGUAGAAAUUGGCUACCUGUCAUUCUUUUCGAGCGACCGAUCAUUGCUCACGUAUGCGAUACAAAAAGAAAAAAGAAGAAAUUUGACAACGACCGAUCUCUGAUCGUGAAAUCAACAUCAAGGAAGAGCCAUCGUGUUUCCUGCAUAUCCGCUCGUAUGACGGUGACAUCGACACCCACGGGAGGAGCGAAAUGAUGCGUUGGCGACUAUCACGCUCGUGAGGACGCCCGCGCUGUGUGUCAUCGUGCGAUCAUGUCCUCACUGCUUCCGCGAGGCGAUCGUGAGAGAGAGAGACCGAUUUGUGCGCAAAGUUCGCGCCCGCGUUUCGGCGAUUUCAGGUACGCUGCGUCCGUUGAGGUCAAGCAACUCGAAGGGGAAGGGGAGAGAAUCGCUCUCGAGAGGAAUUGUCCCUGAAUGUUUCGAGUGUCCAUCCCCGGCGAGAAGGAUUAUCGCUCUUCUUCACAUGAUAAUUGUGAAUAACGAUAAUUUUCAACUUGCAGCUUUGUAGAUACAUCAUAUAACUGCAAUCAUUGCGGUCUACGUUCGUCGGAAAUGACACGAGUCGAUCCGUGAAUUGACAGAUAAUAUCCAUUUGUGAAUAUUAAUAUUAACAUAUUUUGUGUCCUAUAUCUUUCUUUUUUUCUUCCUUUGGUGAAUUUAUUUAUUAUGCUACCAUCAUGACCACCAUACCGCUAACUGAUAAACAGCUUCAUCAACUGAGUAUUAGCAUUGGGAAAGCUGUAAAUACAACUGAAACACCAGUCAAGGAGAAACAUGUUCGAAGUGCCAUCAUCGGGACGUAUCGAGAGAAAAGUGGUUGUAUCUUUUGGACUUAUAUACUGAGACAACCGUUACAAGAGAAUCAAAUUGUUGCAUGGAAAUUUUGUCAUGUUCUGCACAAAGUAUUGCGUGAGGGACAUCCCCGGGUUAUUGUUGAUUCACAGCGAUAUCGUGGUAAACUAGAUAUGGAUGAUAUCUUAAAUUUGCAGCAUGCAGUUUUUGGUUCUUUGGAUUUAUCGCGAUCCAAUUCAAUGACGCCAUGUGGCCAAUGUCGACUCGCGCCUUUAAUUCCAUGUAUUCAGGAUGCUUCACAACUAUACGAUUGCUGUGUUAAAAUUUUAUUUAAACUUCACGGAGCACUCCCGGCGGACACGUUAACUGGACAUCGUGAUAGAUUUUCGAAGCAGUUCCAUGAAUUAAAGAGCUUUUAUAAUACUAUCAAACAUAUGCAAUAUUUUAAGCAUUUGAUAGCAAUUCCGUCGUUACCUGAGAAUCCACCCAAUUUUUUAAUACAAUCUGAGUUGAGAACGUAUGUCACACCGAUAGUCGUACUUCCUCCUGAAGCAUCUAUAGAUAACGAGACUGCCAUAGAAAAUCUUAUCGAUACAUCUGAUACUGGAUCAUUCACAGGCGAUCAGUUAGAUUCUGUGAAUACACGAAAUGGCUCGAUUUCACCUGACGCUCUUGCAGAAAGAGAUAGUCUUAUCGAUCAUUUGUAUCAGGAAAACGUUCGUCAAAGGCAAGAAGUAAAUCAUUUAUUAAUGGACCAUCAACAAAUAGUUACGGAUUUUAGAAAUCGCGUACUGGAAUUGGAAUCAACUCUUUCGACUAAAAGUAAUGAAAUUGUAAUAGAGAAACAAACCUGUCAAAAGUUAAUGAAAGAAAACAUAACUAUAUUAGCAAGGUUUCACAAAAUUGAAGGUAAAAAUGAAGUUUUGGAGGAAAAAUUUAAAAAACUCAAGGAUGUUUAUUCCAAGUUGAGAGAAGAACAUAUCGAUUUAAUCAGAAAGAAAGCUGAACUAGAUAAAGAAUUGGGAGGAAUAAAGAUAGCACGAGAGCAAUCUGAACGUCGGACACUAAAAGCAGAAGAACGAUUACAAGAGUUACUUCAAGGACAAACAUCAACGGAACAAGAAACAGAAAGAGUAGCGCAAGCGCGUAAAGAUUUAGAAGAUGUGAGAAAGAAACUCGAUGCUACUCAAACUGAAAAUUUGGCGUUAAUAGCGAAAAUAGAUUUUAUUACGUCCGAGAAAACAGCUUUGGAAGGAGAUCUCCAUGAUUUAUUAGUACAAAAAGAGGAGUUGGAUUUACGAAUAGUAAAUUUGGAAAUUGAUGCCGAGCGAUCCUAUAAUCAAGUCAGGACAGAUGCUAAUACGGCUUUGUUCGAUUUAUUAUUGAAUGCUAUAUCGGAAGCGGAAUCUAUUUUACAUCACGCAAUGCAUACGAUCGAUAAUCCAGCCAUAUCGGCAUUAACUUGCACGCCUGAUUAUCUUGCAAGUUUAUUGGAGCCGACAGAAAAAUCGUUUAAUGAUUUGGAAGAAACAUACAAUAAUUAUAUACUUGAUACAACGAAGGGAAAAAUACUAAUUCGUGCUGCUGUACAUAGUGCAUAUUUUCUGGCUCUCUAUCUGAUAUAUGCAAAAUCCACUUCAAAUACAUCGACGGAUAUUGCUAUGGCCGAUAGAUUCGCUGAUGAAUGCAAACAAUUAGGUUCUCAAGGUUUAAUCAUGUUGAGUUAUAUCAAAGAGAAAUCUUCAAUGACCGGUGUACAAAUUGCAAAUGUCAAAAGUCAGUUACAAAAGAUUUCGUCUCUCAUAAGUACAUUAUCGACUACUCAGAAUAAUGUAGAAAUUAUCGGGACUUUAGUAGAAGAUGAAUUGCAGAGUAUGGAUAAAGCUAUAGAAGAAACGGUUGCAAGAAUACAGGAUAUGUUGGAUAAAUCUCGCGCGGCAGAUUCAGGUGUAAAAUUGAAAGUGAACGAACAGAUCUUAGAUUCUUGCACAGAUCUGAUGAAAUGUAUAAGGAGAUUGGUACAGAAAUCUCGCUUGCUGCAAAAAGAAAUUGUGGAACAGGGAAAGGGAACUGUCUCUGCUACUGAAUUUUAUAAGCGCAAUCAUCAAUGGUCCGAAGGUCUUAUUUCGGCAGCAAAAGCGAUUGCUAUGGGUGCAAAUUUUUUAUUAGAAGCAGCGGACAAAGUUGUGUCAGGCAAUGGCAAAUUUGAACAAUUGGUUGUUGCUUCGCAAGGAAUUGCAGCAUCCACUGCACAAUUGGUAGUUGCUAGCAGAGUUAAGGCAGAUAGAAACAGUACCAAUUUGACAGAACUCUCUAAAGCUUCGAGAGAAGUGACUCAAGCUACAGCGAAUGUUGUGGCAACUGCUAAAAGUUGCAAUCAUCCUGUUGAGGAAAAUGAAGAUCUAGAUAUGUCCAGUCUGAAUUUACAUCAGGCUAAAAGACUUGAGAUGGAAGCACAGGUGCGAAUCCUAGAACUAGAGCAGGCUCUAGAAACUGAGAGAUUACGUCUAGCCGCUCUUCGACGUUAUCAUUAUCAACUUGAUGGUGGUAAUGAAGCAUAAGCUGAACAUGGAUUGUUUUCUUAUAUCAAGGAUAUUCAACAAA